CCGUGGACCGGAAGCCAUGGGGGCAGUGGAGGGCUGGGCUGGAGACUGGCGGACGCGGUUCUCUCCGGAUGGGCUGAGGCUUCUUUAGACCCGCCCGCCUCCGUAGCUGACCGAAGUAGUGCAGGGUCAGCCUGCGAGUUGCAGAACAUGGCGCUGGCCGCUCGACUGUGGCGUUUUCUGCCUUUACGACGUGGAGCCGCCCCGGGGUCUCGGGUACCUGCUGGGACUUCGGGCAGCCGCGGGCAUUGCGGCCCCUGUCGGUUCAGCGGCUUUGAGGUAAUGGGAAACCCAGGAACUUUCAAAAGAAGCCUUUUACUCUCAGCUUUGUCUUAUCUGGGUUUUGAAACUUACCAGGUUAUCUCUCAGGCUGCUGUGGUUCAUGCCACAGCCAAAGUUGAAGAAAUACUUGAACAAGCAGACUACCUGUAUGAAAGCGGAGAAACAGAAAAACUUUAUCAGUUGCUAGCCCAGUACAAGGAAAGUGAAGAUGCAGAGUUACUGUGGCGUUUGGCACGGGCAUCACGUGAUGUAGCUCAGCUUAGCAGAACUUCAGAAGAGGAGAAAAAGCUAUUGGUGUAUGAAGCCCUAGAGUAUGCAAAAAGAGCACUAGAAAAAAAUGAAUCAAAUUUUGCAGCUCAUAAGUGGUAUGCAAUCUGCCUUAGUGAUGUUGGAGAUUAUGAAGGCAUCAAGGUUAAAAUUGCAAAUGCUUACAUUAUCAAGGAGCAUUUUGAGAAAGCAAUUGACCUGAACCCUAAAGAUGCUACUUCAAUUCACCUUAUGGGUAUUUGGUGCUAUACAUUUGCUGAAAUGCCUUGGUAUCAAAGAAGAAUUGCUGAAAUGCUGUUUGCAUCUCCUCCUAGUUCCACCUAUGAGGAGGCCUUAGUCUACUUUCACAGGGCAGAACAAGUGGACCCAAACUUCUACAGCAAAAACUUAUUUCUCUUAGGAAAGACAUACUUGAAACUACACAACAAAAAGCUUGCUGCUCUCUGGCUAACGAAAGCCAGGGACUAUCCAGCACACACAGAAGAGGAUAAACAGAUACAGACAGAAGCUGCUCAGUUGCUUACAAGUUUCAGUGACAAGAAUUGAGAACUUUUCAGAGAAGAUGUAUGAAAUAGCUAAUAAACACUGCCUUUUCGUUGAAUUAUAAAGUUCACAUAUGAAGCAUAACUGUUCUGUGGCUUUUGAAAUGUUGUGACCAUUUAACAGUGUAAAUAUAAAAAAUUCUAGGUUUCUUCACAAAUAAUAAGGUAAGAGAAAUAAUUGCUAUAAGAGUGGUAGAAAUAAAUCUCCAUGGCUCAGGCAGAGAUAUUAUUUUGCAUCCUGGAUACCAGCAAUGCAAAAUAGUAUGAGAUUUCUAAGGAUUGAUCACAUGGGGAUGGGAAAUCAAGCAAAGAAAGCUUUGUAGAGGAGGAGAAAUGGAUCUAUAGGGGAUAUAUAGGCGGAUGGAUUUUCAAGUUGGGCUGAUUCUAAGUUGAGAUCUUGCAGAGAAGUUGUGGUGAAAGAGUUAGGAUGUUGUGGCUUCUUGGCAUAAAGUAGUAAAAUGAUAUAAAAAUAUAUGUAAUUGGAGCUAACCUGUAUAAAGAAAGAACUAAGUCAGGAGAGGAUUGAAAAUGGAAUGGUUUUCUUUUUCCUUUUUAUUUUUUUAAGACAGAGUCUCACUCUAUCACCCAGGCUGGAGUUCGGCGGUGCAAUCUCAGCCCACUACAGCCUCUGCCUCACAGGUUCAAGUGAUUCUCCUGCCUUAGCCUCCUGAGUGGCUGGGAUUAUAGGGUUGCCCCACCAGACCUGGCUAACUUUUAUAUUUUUGGUUCAGAUGGGGUUUUGCCAUGUUGGCCAGGCUGGUCUCGAAAUCUUGGCCUCAAGUGAUCCACCUACCUCAGCCUCCCAAAGUGCUGGGAUUAUAGGCAUGAGCCACUGCGCCCAGCCAGUUUCCUUUUUUAAAUAUAGUGCAGUCUCGUGGUAAAUUGAAUUUGUUAUCAAAGUCAAAGUUCCGUUCCCUAAUGGAAUGGAAGGAACACAAAACUUAAGAGUGAAAUGGAAUACUAAGAUGUUUUAAAAAGGCAGGACUGUUCUACUCACUGGAGGCUGGAGUGGCACCACUGCAGAUCUUUAAGUUUUGUAAAAAGGAGUAUCUUGAAUGCCACUUAGAUAAAGAGAGACUGUGUGUGUAGGUGGAUUUUUCCCAAAGUAUUUGGGAAUUGUAAUGUUACAAUGAACUGUAUGGGUAUGUACCAUUUAUCAUGUACAUUUUCAAACAAAAAUGAAAACUGAGAAUAGUGAUUCUUGUACACCCAUCUCUUAAGAUUCAACAGUUUUGCUGUACAGGUUGUGUAUCCCUUAUCUGAAAUCCUUGGACUAGAAGCACUUUGGAUUUGGGAUUUUUUUCAAAGUUUGGAUCAUCUGCAUACACACAAUAAGAUAUCUUAGAGGUGGUGGGACCCAAGUUUAAACAGGAAAUUCACUUGUUUCAUAUACACCUUAUGCAUAUAGCCUGAAGGUAACCUUAGACAAUAUUAUUUUUAAUAACUUUGUGCAUUGAGACAAAGUUUGUAUACACUGAACCAUCAAAAAGCAAAGGUGGUGUUAUCUCAGCCACCCAUGUGGGCAAUUUGUGGUUGUUUGAUGUCACCAUCAUUCCUGUGCUACCAAUAAGCAUUUUCUUAUGCUUAUUCAUGCGUAAAUACUUGACAGUUAAAAAAAAAAUGACAUACCUUGCAUGGGAACAAGGAUGGUUAAAAGAAAAUAUGACAUAGCAUUGAUACAGUGAAAAAAUAAUGUGGUCAGGGUAGCUAAGCAACAGUAGCAUCACCAGAAACCUGCAUCAACUGUUAAACGGCAACGACAAACAAUGGCAGGCUCUCAGUCUCCACUUAAGAUGCUCUAUUUUAUCUUUGUAGGUGAGGAGAAACAGAAGCAGUUGAAGGGUCAGGAAGUGGGUCUUUCUAGGGAUGUGGUGGCAUUUUGCUGGGUGGCUUUUUAAAAUGUUUUUUUUUUCUUUAGGGAGACAGAAUAAACGGUUGUGCGCCUCUG